GGCUUCUUCUUGCAGGCUCCGUCUCCUGCGCCCCGCGGCUUCCGGUCCGCUGUGGGUCUCAACCAGAAACAUGGGGAAAGUGAGGGGGCUGCGGGCCCGCGUGCACCAGGCUGCCGUGAGGCUCACGGCGGAGUCCGCGCCCGGCUUCGCGCCUCCGGCCCAGGAGGGGGCCCUUCCGCAGGCCUCGGCUGGCGGAGUCGGGAGAAAGGAGUGGGCUUUUGUGAACACUGACAUCUUUGCCAGGACCAAGAUAGACCCCAGUGCCUUGGUGCAGAAGCUGGACUUGGACGCAAGGAGUGUUGCUUCCGUCAGGAGAGGUGCCGAGGCGAAGACGAUUUUGCCCAAGAAGGAGAAACUGAAGCUGAGGCGUGAGCGGUGGCUGCAGAAAAUCGAAGCCAUAAAGCUGGCUGAGCAGAAACUCAAGGCGGAGCGGAGGCGGCGGGCCACGGUGGUGGUGGGGGACCUGCAGCCCCUCCGGGACGCCCUCCCCGAGCUGCUGGAGCUGGAAGCUGGCGCCCGGCGGCCACACACCCGAGGAACAAGCAGCAAGCCCCGGCCAGCGGAGCUCAGCCGGAUGAGCGCGGCGCAGAGGCUCCAGCUCCUUGAGGAAGAAAGGACCCGCUUCCGGGACCUACUGGCCAGUCCCGCCUACAGAGCCAGCCCCCUGCAGACCAUCGGGCAGCAGCUGGCCCGGCAGCUGCAGCUGGACGGCGGUGGCCUGCUCUGACCUGGCCUGGGGUGUGCCGUGAGCUCCAAGGAUGCACAUGAGGUGCCAGAGAGGGCCGACUCCUCGCCAUUAUCACCUGGAUCCUGGAGGCAGCCUCCUCGGCUCUUGUUAGGGCCGGUGGGGCAGACCCUCCUGCCCCCUCUGGAGGGUGAAUAAACGCCGCUGAACUCAG